AUGAUACUCUUCGGAAGCCUGAUCUACGUGUCGGUCCUCCUCGUGAAUGCGAUCGCCAUCCUCUCCGAAGACCGCUUCCUCGCUCGCAUUAAUCUCUCGUCCGCCGCGUACGACCCGGCAUUCGGAACCGGUCCCGACGCGCAGAGCGCAAAGGGGAAAAUCAUGAACCUGAUCGCGAGCGUACGGACCGUGAUGAGGAGUAAGAGACCUGUCUACGUAGCCUUCUGA